AUGGCUUCAGAACCAUCGACCGAGACGCAGCAGAAAGUUCAGGAUGCCCUGGAGCAGGACUACGAGCGUAGCUCGACACCCCAGCCGAAUGCUCAAUCAAGAACACCAACGCCUACUUCCUUCGAGACGGAGUAUAACUCUGUCACGUUAGGAUCACAGAAGCCGGAGCCUGUGGAGAAUAGACUUCGCCCUGCAGCAGACAUAAUCAACCGUAUUAUCUGGGACCCUGCCUUCGAUGGUACCAAUUACGUUAUUGGGUAUGAAGAUCGAUUCGAAGGACGCUUGGAGUCUGGUUUCAAUGCGUGGAAGAAAGAGACAACCGACGAGGAAUUCAUUCCUCAACACCGGAUCCUCUAUAUCAAACGUCGGUCGGAUGGAGAGAUCGUGUGGGACAGGAGACGGAGAAUCGACAAGAUAUUCUUGAGUGGCAACUCUGCCUUUGACUAUCUUGGGUUUUUGGCUUGA